AUUAGCUGAGGAUGAGUCUGAGAAGGAGAGACUCUACAAUGUUGGAAUGAAGUACCUUACUGAAAAAUCUCAAUCCCAAGAUGAUUAUGACGAUUAUGAUGAUGAAGAAGAAGAUAGCAAAAUGGAUCAGUCUUCAAAAGAAAGUGGGAACGUUCCAUCUCAAACUUCAUCUGCUGAUCAGCCAAACAAGACCACACCUGGUGACCCUAUUAAAAUAAUAAUAGAAGAGGUACCACCAAGUACAUCAUCUCCUGCCACCAGCGUAUCCACAAUCCCUUCAACUACUGAACUACAUGCAGCUAGUUCUAGGCCUCCUCUCUCAACCCUCUCACCUAAUUCUGCUUCCUCUUCAGCACCUAUCACAGAGGAGCGUAUGGAUGUUGAUUUUCGGCCAGUUGAGGAGCAAGAAACAUUUCCAUUGUUACCGGAAGGAAUGACAAAGGAAGAACUACUGGAGAAAGUAACCAAGUUAUUUCCUACUUUUAAACCGAACACUAUCCUGAGGUUUUCGAGUCUGAUACCUCCUAACCCGGUGUCAGUACCUAAUCCAUGGAAAGACUGUAAGAAACCAGCCAAGAGAAAGAGGAGGGUUCAAGAGGAGGAGGAGGAGGAAGGAGAAGAGAGAGAGUUUAAACUGAACUAUGGGCCAGUCCCUGAUCCUGAGAUGUGUGACGAUCAGGAGAAGAGGUUUUUGUGUCCCGUUGGCAGUGUAGAAGAAGGAGAGAGAGGAGAGGGUUUAGGAGGAGAGAGGAGAGCGGUUGAUAGUGAGACCAAGGAAUGGAGAUUUGGUCCUGCUAAGGUUUGGUAUGACAUGAUUAAUGUACCAGAAGAUGGUCAUGGACUGGACUACGGUUUUAAACUAAAGUCUUCAUCAGUUGAGCAAGAUGAAGGGUUACCUGGUUCAGAUAUUGAUGAUCCAUUGCCUGAUGAUGCUUUCCUCAUGGUCACCCAACUGCCUUGGGAGAAUGACAUACUCACUUAUAUACCACCCACUACUGGCCCUCAUAAAACUGCCCAAGGUGGUGUAUGGACUACUGCUAGUGAUAGUCGGCAGAUGGGAGGGACAUUUGGAGGCGUGGCUCCAGAACGGACUCUUGAUUUACCAGAGUCAAUGUUUCCGGUACAAAAUAAUGACCUCAUAUUUGGAAAAUGGGAAGACGAUAUAAUAUUUGAUUCAAACGCAGUUAAGUCAAUACCCAAGCCAGUGUUGCCAAGGUUGGAUCCUAAUGAUCCUAACAUUAUCAUUGGAUUACCUCCUGAACCUCCUCCUCCUCCCUCCCUUGACAAAGACAGCAAAGACAACAAAAAA